AUGUCAGACAGUUAUGUGAAAGAGAACAGUGUAGCAGAGUUACAGGGAGACACCAGGAGAAUAGUAGGACAUAAAGGACCACCAGGCCCAAAAGGACCACCAGGCCCGAAAGGUGAAAAGGGUGAACAAGGGGAUGAUGGGAAGGUGGAAGGUCCUCCUGGGCCCCCUGGAGACAGGGGCCCUAUUGGCGAUCGAGGAGACAGAGGUGAACCUGGAGAUCCUGGUUAUAUUGGCCAACGAGGGCUGGAUGGAGAGUGGGGGAAGCAAGGUCAGCAAGGUUUACUGGGUAACCCAGGACCUCCAGGCAAACCAGGUGUGAAAGGUUCGAAGGGUCAAGAGGGUCGCAAAGGAAAAGCGGGUUCCCAGGGCAUGCGAGGGAGUCCAGGCCCAGCAGGUCCUAUUGGUCCACCUGGUUCAAGAGGUGUCAUUGGUCGACAAGGUCAAGAGGGUCCUCCAGGAUUGGACGGUGCUCCUGGAAUCAUUGGCAAACCAGGAAUUCAGGGAGAGCAGGGGGAUGACGGGAAUGUCGGGUUCGUCGGGAAACCCGGAGGCCGUGGCCGUGUUGGAGUCCCAGGAUUACCUGGAUCUCAGGGAUCCCCUGGCUUUAAGGGAGAGAGAGGCUUGCAGGGCCAGACAGGACCUCCUGGCAUUAAAGGGAUGGAAGGAGGAAUGGGCUUACCUGGGAAGAGAGGCGAUCUGGGUUCCAAAGGUCAACUGGGGGACCCUGGAGAAUCUGGUUUCCCCGGGCUGAUGGGAGUGUUUGGACCAAAGGGUCAUCCAGGUGACGUUGGUUUUACUGGGAUCCAGGGCCCAAAAGGACCUCCAGGAUUAAUGGGCAAAGAAGGCAUCAUGGGUCCUUUUGGCAUGACGGGCCCCAUUGGGCAUCCAGGUCCAAAGGGGUAUAAAGGAAAUCAAGGUGAUACGGGACCACAAGGACCCAAGGGUCCUGUCGGCCCACGAGGACCUCCUGGACCACCGGGUCCUCCUGGAAUUCAAGUCACACUCAAACACGAGGAGCUAGGCGCAGCUCUGCAAGCGUUGAUCGAAUCGAAAACUGCACUCAGGACCGAGAACUAUCAGAAUUCAGAUGUACCUUUGCUUGACCAGGGAGCGGAGAUCUUUAAGACCCUACACUACCUCAGUAAUCUUAUCCACAGCAUUAAGAAUCCGCUGGGAACCAGAGACAAUCCAGCUCGUGUCUGCCAUGAUCUCAUGAACUGUGAGCAGAGAAUGAACGAUGGCACUUACUGGAUUGAUCCUAACCUCGGCUGCACCUCGGAUACAGUCGAAGUGAUUUGUAACUUCACAAGUGGUGGGCAGACCUGUCUCAAACCCAUCACUGUCUCCAAGUUGGAGUUUUCAGUGGGACGGGUCCAGAUGAACUUUUUACACUUGCUCAGCUCGGAGGCGGUGCAACACAUCACCAUUCACUGCCUCAAUGUGCCAAUCUGGACAGAUGGGACUUCGAGCAAACCCUUCAAACAGGCCGUCAAGUUCAAAGCCUGGAGCGGGUUGGUGCUGGAGGCAGGAGGACAGCUGGAACCCAAGGUGGUGGUAGACAACUGUCAGAUCAAAGAUGGACGAUGGCACCAGACGCACUUCCUGUUUCACACCCAGGAUCCCAACCAGUUGCCAAUAGUUGGUAUUUAUAACUUACCACAACCAAAACCUGGACUACAUUACCACCUUGAGGUUGGGCCUGUCUGCUUUCUCUGAGAUAGACCAUCUUUAACCCACAUCAGAGCGUAGUUAUCCUUUACUGUGUAUUCAAAUAAAACUCAAGGAGUUGCUGACAUGAUGUGUGAAAUAUCACAUUACCCAUCAGAGAAGGCUGCCCAAUGGCUUUUUUAAAACAGAAAAAAAAACUAUAAAGAAACAUAAAGAGGACCUGUUUCCUGGGGGAGAGUUUAGCCUAAAGCAACUAGAAUUGAAGAUUUUCACCCUAAAGCCCGAGAGUGUGUAGGCUGUUAUAUUUGGAGGAAUGGGUCUAACUGGGCUGCGGAAGAUCCAUUUUAAAGAGAGAGAGAGAGAGAGGGAGAGGUGGGGGGGAUUAAAAAAAAACAAAAUUGAUUUGUAGUGGCUUAGCCAGCAUUCUGUUCAGCAGUCCCAAAGUUCUGGGAUACUCAGAAAAGUUGAUUGCAUGUAGUCGAUAUAGCUGGUGACCUGCAUUGCCUACUAAGCAAUCUCCAAAGUGCAAUAGUGAAGGGAGAAAAUAGAGGAACUAUCAAGAGUCGUUGAAAUUCCCUAAAUCUGUGACACUUCAUUCGAGGUGUGAACUGAUUCCAAUGUUUUGCUCUCAGCCACCAAACGCCUGAACUAAUUGGUCAGACCCAGGCAUGGGGUAACCAAGUGAUAAAGGACAUUAUGUCCGAUGUUCUAGUGAUUUUGACAUGGUGCUAGUGGAAUGAACUUCGUGGGGUGAUUUUUUUCUACCUCUCAUUGUCUGGAAUUGGUGCUCACAUUCUUGUGUUUUAUUGUCGUUAUUCACAUGUCGUUUUCGAAUCACUGGUGCUAUGUAAUUACCACGGGGUGGGGGGGGGGGGAUGUCCAGGGUUGGGGGAAAAGAGGGUGUGAAUGGGAGGGUCAAUGUUUAGAGAGGGUGGUCCCCCUCCCACUGACACCUGAAAAGGAAAACUAAAAUGCAACAAUAAUUGUUAACAUAAUUGAUAUCUAGAGUUCCUUUAAUAUUUGAAGAGAUUAUUUAAUUGUGCUGCAGAGAGGUUCCAAACCCUACUGUUCCUGAGCGACCAAUAUUUUCUUUCUCUAAAAGGAAAUGGAAGGAAGGGAAUUGAGAAAAUCGCUGAGAGUUUUUUUGCUGUUUUGUCGUUUGUUAUCUUUGUUUUACUCUAUCCUGAACGCUUUUGUACAAAGUUGCCCCGAAAGCUGUAAUUAAUAUUUAGAGAAGCUUUUAAUAAUUAAAGAAACCGGAGUCUUUCCUGAAACGAAGAUAGAUUUUGUUUUCAUCUAUCUCGGCGCAUUGUGUACAAUGUUUCUGUUGUAUGCAGUGUGUCAGUAUUUUACAAUCUGCUAUUUAAUGUUAUUUAAGUAUUUUUAAAACUUUGGUUAAAGGAGGAACCAAUUGCCUGGUCCCAAUCACAGAUGUCUAUGUUUUGAAAUAGACUGGUCCUUUGUGUGUAGCAGGUGUAAAGAAGUUGCUUCAACACCCAACUGGUUUUGGAGAAUAAUGCGGAGUUUCUUUCUGUUUAUGCUUGUCUAUUGUGUAAAUUUGGUGCGUUGAAGAGAAUAUUUCAGUGUUUGAAAUCUAUAAGAUAUUAUGCAGAGUCUAAAUGUACUGUUUAGGAAAAUGCUUUAAGCGCUUUUUAAUUCUUGAAUUUUUUUUUACUUUGAAGGAAAUAUGUGAAAAAUCUAGAAUUCUAAUACAUUAUUUUAAAUUUAUUUCAUUUUUUAAACAAAAAUCUAAGAAUGCAGUUGAAAAAAGCCAGCCAUCAGAAUACCUCAUACAUUUUGGUUCCAUUCUGAAUACAUUUCAGCUUUGUUUAUUUUUAUUUUCUUUUUGUUUAAAGUUUUUUUUUACUUCAUUUUUGGAUAUUUUCCAUCUAUUCCAUUCGCUUUGUUUUCUCUGUGUGUGUCUGUUGCUAUAGAAACAGAGUCGCCAUAAAAUGGCCAUCCGCAGACGUCAGUAUCAUUAUUGCCUUUAGUCAGAGGGGUUUAAAUGUUCUGUGCAGAGUUCACUAUUUAGCUGUGAAUUAUCUUACUCAGCCUUUGCUAGCCUUGACGGGGCUAAGACUCUUCCAUUGUUUGAAAUUAAAAGUUUCUGAAAUGUUACUGAAAUAAAUAUUUCGAACUGAAGCAACAAAA